AUGGGCAAAUUCCGGCAUCCCCAACGAAGUUUUCUUGUGAGGGGAGGUGCAGCUGCACCUCCUUACACCUCUGUGGAUCCGCCAGUGCCUAACAGUUAUAUUCCCUCACUCCAAGUGCGUGAGGCUGUGCAUUUGAGACCAGAAAUGGCUAGAUCUGGAAGCUCAGAGGUGAGAACUCUGAGGACAAAGACAAAGCGUAUUGAUCGAAGAUAUCACUUCAUCAAAGAUGCACUACAAGAAGGCAUCAUUGAUUUGGUGUAUUGUCCUACAAGUGAACAACUUGCUGACAUUUUCACCAAACCAUUGGCUACAAUUAUCUUAGGAGCAUGCUUGGAGUUAAAUCAGCUCAAGGGGGAGUGUUUAAUUAUAAGCUCUUACGCUGACUUAACAAUUAGUUAA